AUGGCACCGGGGCCUUCGACCACUACUCCUGAAGCUAUCAUCGUCUGGGAACCUUCCGGGGCCAAAGCCGUGACCAAGGUCACGAAGACGACAGCCACCCCUACGAUUACCGGUCAAAAUUCCACGAUGGACCACAUCACAGAGGCAUAUCGCCUUCGGUACGCAUCUUACCUCGCGUCAACGUUCCAUAUCAGCCUAGAUGCGGCCAAAGACGAGGCAUCGUAUCAGCUAUUGCCUCGUCGUGCUUCUGAAACUUCAGAAUCGGAGGUAUACAGAAGCUAG